AUGGUGGGCAAGAAAUUCGUCGAAUUCGCCAAGGCGAUGGAGUCAGAGUUCCUGCGCAUCACGGAUGGUUUGUCCAAGGGCAUGCCGGCGCUCCAGUCGUCCUUUCGAAGCACCUUUCAAGGAGAGGAUAUGUUCCCGGCCAGAUCCGCCCUUAGUCUUGUCGAAGAGCUUGUCAACUCUCUGCCCCCUCACCAGGUCAUCCUUGAGCUACUCCUGUCUACUAUUAUUAACCUCUUUCUUAAUAACGAGCUAAAGGUCCGCUACGUUGCCCUUGUUGGACUUAUUCAUCUGGCUAGGGAGAUGGUCGACGAGAUAGCUUCCCACAACGAGCAGAUUCUCUCCUAUGUGGUCAAGAACCUUAAGGCUGCCUCGCAGGCUGGCAACGACAAGAAGAAUGUUGCCAUUAUCUGUUGGAGGCUGGCCUUUAGUAAUGGUAACCUCGCCAGAGUCAAACAACGCGGAGAUUUACAGCCCUGCGUCAUCCAACUCAACGGCCACGUCGGCAAGGUCCAUGUUGGGUACAUGGCGAGGAUUGUCGAGGCUCUCUUCAUGUUGCGUCGUUUUCAGAUAGCAAUGCCUGUGUUGGGGGCUGGAACAGAAGAGCUGGAAGGUGGCGCGGGCGGCAUGGGAAACUCGUUCUCAGCAGUGUCGAUGUUGACGAAAAGCACCACUCAUCAACGAUUUCGUAUUGCUAGGAGAGUUGCCAAUAGAAAAAUGAUUGACGAAGUUGUCGUGACACUCCUGGUCGGCCCGACUGGGGUGUCGAGGACUUCUUGCUCGGAGGGCGGGGAGAAGCAACAACAUUAA